AUGGUGCUGAUGGGGCUCCGUCUCCUGGUACUGGCCCUGUGGGUUGGUGUUGGAGUAAAGCUCCAAGUUAAGGGCGACCAGUUGAAGCCGGCCCGGGCACCUCUGAUCCCUCAUCGGCCUUUUGUUGUCGUGUGGAACGCUCCUACUGAGUCCUGCCGCCUUCGAUUCAAGGUAGACCUGGACCUUAGCGUUUUUGACAUCGUGGCAAACCUCAAUGAAACUCUAAGCGGACCAAACGUCACCAUAUUCUACCACAGCCACUUGGGAUACUACCCAUACUACUCCAACUCUGGGGUCCCUAUCAACGGUGGACUGCCACAGAACCAGAGCCUCUCCAAACACCUGAGCAAGGCCAGAGCAGAUAUUGACAAGCUAAUCCCCCACAAGGAUUUCCGAGGCCUGGGUGUCAUAGACUGGGAGAACUGGAGGCCUCAGUGGGUCAGAAACUGGGGCACCAAGGACAUCUACCGCAACAAGUCCAAGGAGCAGAUCCGGAAACUUCACCCGAACUGGCCGGAGAGCAAAGUGGAGAAAGAAGCAAAGGAAGGUUUCGAGAGGGCUGGGCAGGCCUUCAUGAACCUGACCUUGGCCCUGGCUGAAGGUCGCAGGCCGGAUGGGCUGUGGGGGUUUUACUUGUUCCCAGACUGCUACAACUAUGGGUAUAAGCAGCACCCUCAACGGUACACCGGCGAAUGCCCCAACGUUGAGCACGUACGCAAUGACCAUCUGAUGUGGCUUUGGAAGGAGAGCACGGCCCUCUACCCGUCCAUCUACCUGGAUUACGAGCUCAAGUCCUCCUCCAACACUGUCAAGUUUGUCCACUAUCGAGUCAAGGAAGCCAUGAGAAUCGCGUCCAUCGCCCGUACAGAUUUCACAUUGCCUGUGUUUGUCUACUCCAGACCUUUCUACGCCUACACCUUUGUCGUUCUUUCAGAGAGCGAUCUGGUUCACACUAUUGGGGAGAGCGCUGCCUUGGGAGCUUCAGGCGUUGUUCUCUGGGGAUCAUCAGAGUACGCUCGAUCACAGAGGAACUGCCUGACAGUGAAGAAGUACAUCGACGGUCCGCUUGGACAUUACGUCAUCAACGUCACCUCCGCUGCCAAGCUGUGCAGCAAAGCGCUUUGCAAGAAGAACGGCAGGUGCGUCCGCAAGAGCCUGGACUCGGGCGCCUACCUGCACCUGAACCCACGCUUCUUCCACAUCCACCGCAACCCGGCGCCCAGGGGCCCCCGCUUCCACGUCAGCGGCCACCUCAACAACCACGACAUCCUGGACAUGAAGCACAAGUUCACCUGCCAGUGCUACCAAGGCUGGACAGGUGUUUACUGCGAGAUGCCCCAGGCUCCACCCCCUCCUCCUCCCCCACCUCAGCCCGCUGUCCCUCUGCCUCACCCCAGAGAGAACAGCCUGCUGGGAGAUAUCCUGCUCCUCCUGUCCCUCCAUUUCUCCUGUCUGUGUGUCAUCAUGUUCCUGGGACUCUGUCUGAUUAUCAAGUGUCUUAUACUGUAG